UUUGGGCAGCUGCAGCGCUCAGUAGAUCUGUCACACAAGGCCCCUCCCUCCGAGUCCACCCAGGGUCUCCCGGGCCAGUGUCAGCUCCCCAACCCCUUUCACAAAUUACCACUCUAUACCCACCAGGCAGCCGUCCCCUCGUCCCCAGGCCUCUGCUCCUGCCAAACCUCUACCUGGGAUGCCCUGGUCCCUAGCCCAGCCUCUGAAGUGCCACUGCUUGCUCAGGAUCCACCUGAAACCGACCCCCCUGGCUGGGACUGGCCCGUCCAUCCUGCGGACUCUGGGUGGGCUUCCCUCCUGUGACCUUGAGCAGACUUUGCCUCCUCCUGCAGUUCUUGGCAGCCGGGUGUAAUGAAGCGCACGCAAGCUAAGGAGCCAAACAGUAUUCAAUUCCUGCUCAUACUCAAGCUGGGUGACCCCGGGCAAGUCACCUGGACUCAGGGGACUCUGCCUUGGGCUCCAUCUGUUCAGUCUGUUGUGAGGUCAAGGCGAUGGGUGUGCAGCACACAUCAAGUGGAGGGACUGAUGCCUGGGUCUGUUUUCCCCAGCGACUGGCAAGCUCCUCUCAAAGCCUCAUUCUCAGCCACCCCCAGGGCCAUGUACAGAGGGGCUCAGGAACUGGCUGAGCUGCUUGCUGCAGGGGUGGGUGGAGCGGUGAGGGGGUCCAGAGGGGGCAGGGCAUGCAGCAGAUCCCCCAGAGAUGAGGGUGCAGGGAAGGGCUGGAGCCCCAGGCAGAGCUGUCGAUAUGCACUGGGGGUUUUAUUGGUUUUCAUUAAAAUUCCUUCCCGAGGCAGGAGUAGCUACUUCCAUAAAUAACAGCAUAAAUAUUUUAUCUGCUACCCAAGUUGGUCUAAAUGCACAGCAAGGUUGGCAAGAAUAAUAAUGGGAAAACGGUUCAGGGGGCCCAGGCUUCAGCAGAGCUGGGUUCACUCAGUGUGCCCAGGGGGGCUUGCCCGGGAAGGGCAGAGAGGUGGUGGUGCUGGACAGCAAAGGAGGCCCAUGGAGCACGAGGCCCGGGUGGGGAGCAGAGCCUCUGCAGCGGGGGAGAGGCGUCCCACACCUGCUCCCUGAGACCUGGGGCUCCCAGCUCACAUCGGAUCCUCCAUGGUCCCCUCGGAGGAGAAAAGAGGCUGGUACUUCACCAUGGCAACGCUCUUCAUCAGGCUGGACGGUAUCUUCCUGGAGUUGGGCAGUGAGGAGCGGAAGAGGCUGCCUGCCUUCAACCGCACGCUGGCUCUGCUCCGCCAAGUCCUCAAGUCCUCAGAUGCCUGCCAGCGAGCUCUGGCCUGGUGCUACCUCGGGAUGCUGCUGGAGAGGAAGGACACCUUCUCCACCACCCCCAUGGGCGUCCACGACUGCGGGUACUCGGGGACUGACCCCCUGGACUGCUUUGGCAAGGCCAUCGAGAUUGCCAAGGACCAACCUCCCAUCCUCAAUCGCCUGGCCAAAAUCUUCCACUUCCUAGGAAAGCAAGACAUGGCCAUUGGAACCUGUAACAUGGCCCUGGAUGUCCUAGGAGACCCAGAGCUCAACUGGCAGGCAUACUGCACAAGGGCCAAGAUCCACACCACAGCCUACCUGCGAGAUCUGGAGCGGGCCAAGGCAGGGCUUGGAGGCAUGCCCGAUCGGGGCCACCUGGCCCAAGCCAAGGCUGAUCUUGAGCGAGUGGUCAGGGUGUGCCCGGGCCUCAGGACCUACCUGGACAUUGGCCAGGUCUACUAUUACAUGGGAGUGGACGCCGUGCAGGAGCUGCUGGCGGUGGACGAGGCGGCACUCAACCAGGCGCUGGUCUUCCUGGCCAAGGCCGGAGAGUGCCUGCAAGAGGCCCUGCCCCAGAGAGGCCCCGCCCUGGCCCCAGGUGAUUGGGCCCGCCCUGCUAUUGGCUUGUAG